AUGAUGGCGCGAGAAACUGCAAAGGCCCCAGAACGACCCGGGACGAAGCCGGCAGAGACGCGCCUCCCCGGAGACAAAAGUGUCGCUUCCGACCCGCAAACCCCCUCUCCUCCUCUGUCGUCGCUCUCUUCUCUCUCUUCCUCUUCCCCCUCUUCCUCUUCUUCUCCCUCGUCCCCUUCCUGCUCUUCCUCUUCUUCCCCCUCUUCCUCUUCUUCUCCCUCGUCCCCUUCCCGCUCUUCCUCUUCUUCCCCCUCUUCCUCUUCUUCCCCCUCUUCCUCUUCUUCUCCCUCGUCCCCUUCCCGCUCUUCCUCUUCUUCCCCCUCUUCCUCUUCCCCUAUCUGGCUUUCUCAGAAGGCGCUUCUCGGUUUCUUUCCGUCGGCCGCGUACACGGUCUGCCGCACGGUCUCUCGCAGGUCUCAAAUUUUUCUUCUUCCUUCUCACCUCGACCGGCUCAUCGCUUCAUUUCGGGGCGCCAAGGAAACUCAGCGCGUGCUUGACAGCUUGGCGCCUCGCCUUGCAAGCACUCCGGUGCCCGAGGGAGGGAGAAACGAGGGCGGGAAAGUCGAAGAAACAGACAUCCCACCACAGUGCGUACCUGGCAUCCUUCCAUCACACGAGGAAAUCACCUGUGCAGCCCUAGACAGCUUCCGCAGCCUUCUACGAUAUGCUCGUCGUCUUCACUCCUCGUCUUUGUUAGCUUCUUCGUCCUCGUCCUCUUCUUCCUCUCCUUCUUCCUUUUCAUCAUCUUCAUCAUCUCCUUCUCCGUCUUCCUCUUCUUCUCUUUCUUCCUCCCCUCCGUGUGCUUCUUCCGUUUCUUCCGCGUCUUCUGUGCGCGCUUUCUCCGAUCGACCUGUUUCUGAGCUAUCUUCAGACUGGCGCUUCUCGCUGGUUCUCACUCUGCUCUUUCCUGCGCAGAUUCCUCGAGCACUUGUCUCCCUUCCGGAGAGACGGGUGGUCUGCGUGCGGCAAAGCGCGGCGGACGGGGAGGGGAACGCAGAAGGCGACGCAGCGAGGAGGAUAAGAGCCCACGAAGACAGCGCGCGAGAGGAGACAGAGAAGAUUACAGGCGCUGGAAACGCGACUCGGAACGCAGCCGGAGAAAACGACGUAGGGAAACAAGGCAGAAGAGGGAAGCGCGAACAGGCAAUCCAGGAAGCGGGCGUGACGAGCGAGGAAGGAAACAGCCUUUCCUCACAGACGGCGCCUCGCGUGCGGCCUCACCGAGAAGGGGAUACGGCUCUGUUUUACUGGACGACAGUGAAACCGAGGAGUCGAUUUGAUGGGGACAACAGAUGUCACUCCACGGGUCCGGCUUCCGGUGGAGACGCCACCGCGCCGGAACGGCGAAGAUGUCGAGUUCUCGAAGCUACCAUUCCUUCCACGUCGCCGAUUCAGCCCUUCGAGACAUCGCUAGCCAACGCGCCUUCUGCCUUCUCUUCUCUUUCUCCGUUGUCUCCUCUCUGUGCGUCUUCCUCUGCUUCGUCUUUUUCUUCCUUUUCCUCUCCCUCAUCUUCCUCUCCUGUCGUGUGUCUCUUUGUUUAUGCGGAGCCUUUGCUGGAGGGCUCUGCGUCUCUUCCCGCUCGCGGAUGUCACUCUGCGUCGCCUUCUGCCUCGACUGCUGGUUCUGGAAAGGCGGGACAGAGCGGCUGCGUUCUCUUGGCUGUGGAGCACGAAGGCCGAGAAGCGGCGCAAACGAAAUCGACGAGUUGGCUUCGCGAGAGAGAGAGACUGGUCGCCUGCGCACGCGAGGUCGAGAGGGAAACUGGAGAGAAAAUUGAGGAAGUUGUCAUGAUGAAUCACGCGAACGAGAUCCUCGAAGGUCUCAGCAGCAAUUUUUUCGCGUACAACGCUGCGCAGAAUCGCCUCUUCGCUGGCGACGCGUCGCGCUGUCUCCCUGGGACAGUGCGUGCGCUCGUGUUGAAGCUGCUGAGGUCGCAUGAUAUUCUUGUCUCAGAAACUGCUCCGAUCUGGCGCCUGAGCGAAACAGACCAAUGGAAGGCAGCCUUCAUCUCCUCCAGCUCUCGGCUUGUCUUACCCGUCAGAAAGAUCCUUUUUUGGCGCGCACGCCAAACCGCCGAAGAGGCAGACCGUACGCGACACCGGGCCGACCCCACGAGCGACAACCAAAGCGCAAAGACGGCAGAGAACGCGACCGAAAAGGAAGAAAAAAAAGACGAAAGAGAACAAGAGGAAGGACACGGAGGCGGGAGAGUUGUGGCAUCUCUCGAAUUCGAUGUCGAAAAAGAGCCUAUGGCGCUAAAGAUCGCCCGCAUGGUUUGUGAUGCCGCUGUAGCUGCGUCAACAGUCAUCGCCAUCGACGACGCAUGCAGAGAAACGAACAGCAAGGAGGAAGGAACGCGAAACUCACACGACAGAGCGAGACAGAUGCGAGGGCAAGAGACACACGAGGUCAACUGA